AUGUCAAGCUAUGGGUAUGCCUCAUCAGAGUCAGAAAAUUUAACUCCUGAAUCUGGUAAACAACAAUCUCCUGGAAUAUCUACAUUUUAUCUAAAUUUAGAUGAUGAAGAAUACAAUGUUCGUGGCUCUCAAUCUGAACGACCGAUUGGGGUGAAGAAAGCAAAGCUAAAAAGAAAAAUUGAUGAUGAGAUGUCAACAUUUAUUAAAACUCUAGAAGAUGGAAAUAAAGAACUGAUUGAGCAAUUAAAAAGAACAAGUGCACAGAGACAACAACAUAUGGAGCUUCAAGCUAAGAACUAUAUCUUAAAAGAAAUCAAAGAAGAAAAUAAAAUAUUGUUUCAAGAUGUAAGUUCGUUUGUGCAUUUGUCCAAGUUGAACAAGCACGAAUAUUAG